AUGUCGAUCCAAUCGGAUAGCAACAAGUCCUCCGCGGGCCCUCUUCCCACCCCUGAGCUUUCCAACCAACUGCAACAUCCCUCUCGCCGGCAUCCCGUACAACCGAGAUGCCGCCAACAAGUGUUCGGGGAUAUCCCCGAGAUGAUGGGCUAUGUCAUGCGUACCAAGCGGGUCUUUGACUGGUUGACGUCGUUGACGGCGCGGCACCAGAGCCCCAUCAUCCAGGCGUUCAUCGCCCCCAUGGCGCUGCCGUGGGUGGUGGUGACGGACCCCUUUGAGAGCCAGGACAUCCUGCUGCGGCGCACCAAGGAGUUCGAUCGCAGCGGCUUCUUCGGGGAUCUCAUUGGCGGCAUCCUGCCGGAGCAGCACAUCCAGUUCGUGUCGACCGACUCCCGCUACAAGAACAACCGCCACCUGAUCAACCACCUCAUGGCCCCCAGCUUCAUCACUGAGGUGAGCGGGCCGCAGCUCUACAAGGCCGCCUCGACCUUGAUCAAGCUGUGGGAGAUCAAGUGCGACACGGCCGAGGGCCACCUCUUCCACGCCCACCACGACAUCACCUACAUGGCGCUGGACAGCAUCUUCGCCGGCUUCUUCGGACACCCGGAGGCCGAGAGCAUCACCACCAGCCGUGUGCGGACUGUCUCGCAGUGGGAAGCCAAGCGCGAGAAGAAACUCCUCGCCAGCCUUGACGAACCCGUCGAGUUCCCGGAACCCGAACUCCCCGCCAUCUUCGCCGCCGCCAUCACCCUCGCCAACUCGGUCACGACACCCAACUUCUUCCCCUGCCCGCGCUCACUGCUGGGUGAUGCGGCAGUUACACAGUUUGACACCAUUUCCGCACUUUUGUCGGAGCCGACGAUGCAACCCGUGUCAGGUGAUCUUGGCAAUUCUGUGUUCAACGUCAUGGAGGAUUCGUUGUUUCUGUUACCUAGCCUUCACGCCUUCACAAAGGCCGAAGCCGCGAACCAUCGCCCCACAACUGAAGUGUCUCGGACCUCUCGGCUCGAAAGCCUCCCAGCUGAACUAACAUCGCAGAUCCUCACUUCUUUGGCUAGCCUGGACGAUCCCAAGGCCGACGCCUCGCCCGUGCUCUCCCAGAACCACCGGGCCGACCGCAACCCACCAAUGCUUGAUUGUGUCUUCCGAACCACCCUUGGCGGCAAUGUUGUUGUGGACGCCUUCCUGACCCAAAGGAUCUCAAGCCGCAUCUCCAUCCUCGGCCCGGGGAACUGGGACCCGAAUUGUCGGCGCCACGAGCAUUGGCAACCAACAACCCGGAGACCACUCCGGAGAACAGUCCCGAGAUUGACACCCCACAAGCGAGAAGCCGCUCUGAUGGAGUCUCCCGAUCCGGGCACCCAAACAAGCAAGCACGAAGUAAUCACGAAUCCACCAUUCCCCAUACGGGGAAAACCCACCCACCCAGGCGGCCGAAGCGCCGCUCAACAGCCUCGUCUCCAGGGGCCUCGAAUUCCAGCUCCGAACCAUGACAACCCUCAUCAUAUGCAAUCCUCCCCCCCAACCAACCAACUACAACCGCCGCCCCAAAAGCAACCUCCCCGCCACCUCACCGAGCCGCUCACACAGCAAGUUGAGUUGGGAGCGGGUGAGGGUGGUGGAGUGGACUGUGGGACGGGGUGUGGAGGCUGA